GUGCGGUAAUGUAAACAAAGUCUUCACUAUAUCUCCCAGUCUUCCUGAUCUCUGCUUUCUUCGAUAAAUUCAGUUAAACGAUAUAUACUUACACAAGUUGGUGUUGACGCGAAAGCAUAGGGAAGAAAAAAUUGUAUAUUCAAGUAUAGUUCGCGAAGCGGGGCGCGAUCAGAUGAGAGAAGAGAGAGAUAACAUAGUGCAUAGCGGGAUACCUAGUGGUGAUGAUCAUGCAUGGGAAUUGUCGUUGUUGUUUAUCUUCACGGUGUCCGCAGCGGUAUAAUAUCAAGUUGUCGAUGUUGUUGAAUGAGGCGAGCACGAGGAGUAGUCGGCAGGUCGAGGAGGGAGGUCGCAGCGGCAGAUAAUUGUCAUCCGAAUGCGGACCCCGGCGGCCGCGAUGAUGAGGUUGCAGCCGAUACCCGUCAGCUCCGACGAGCGAGACUUUGACGAAGAAACCGACUAUUUGCUUCAGCCGACCGAGGACAGUACAGUUAAAUACAAGAGGAGCCGCGAUCGUCGCUUUUUCAAGUGCUCCCGGCUGCUUACACACGUCCUCUGCGGAUGUUGCACAUGGAUGUGGCGACAAUGCUUCAAAGAAAAAGAGUUAAGGGCAAGGACGAUUCAAAUAGGCCUACCCAUGUACGAAAAAUUCCCAACAAAUGUCAUUCGAAAUCAGAAAUAUAGUAUAAUCACAUUCUUGCCUAUGGUGUUGUUUCAACAAUUUAAAGUCUUUCUCAAUCUAUAUUUUUUACUCAUGGCUCUCUCCCAAUUCAUACACGAUAUUAAAAUUGGAUCUCUUUACACUUAUUGGGGACCAUUGUGCUUUGUUUUGGCUGUAACGAUUUGCAGAGAAGCUAUAGAUGAUUUCAGGAGGUAUCAAAGGGACAAGGAAGUCAAUAGACAAAAAUAUUACAGAUUGGUAAAAGGUUCCAGCACACCAGAAUUGGUGCCCAGUUACAAGUUAAGAGUCGGGGAUAUGGUGAUUGUGGAAAAAGGUCAGAGGGUGCCUGCAGAUCUUGUUCUUUUAAGGACAACCGAAAAAUCUGGAGCUUGCUUUGUCAGAACCGACCAAUUAGAUGGAGAAACCGAUUGGAAAUUACGCUUGGCUGUCCCAACAACCCAAAAAUUGGACAAUGAUGCCCAAUUGUUUGAUAUCAAAGCAAGCCUUUACGUAGAAAAACCACAAAAAGAUAUUCAUAGCUUCAUUGGUACUUUCACUCGAUAUGAUGGAUACAGUAGUGAAGAAAGUCUUGGAGUUGACAAUACAUUGUGGGCAAAUACAGCCAUUGCCUCUGGCUCAGCACUUGGAGUUGUGAUUUAUACCGGCCAAGAGACCAGAUCUCUAAUGAAUCACUCUGCUCUGAGAUCUAAAGUUGGACUGUUGGAUAAGGAAAUUAAUCAACUUACAAAGGUUUUAUUUUGCGCUAUGAUUGGCUUAGCUUUCGUAAUGAUGUGUUUGAAAGGAUUUAGCGGUCCGUGGUAUUGGUACACGUUCCGCUUUAUUUUGCUGUUUUCUUACAUUAUACCCAUCAGUCUUCGAGUUAAUUUGGAUAUGGGAAAAACUUUUUAUACUUCGUGUAUGCAAAGAGACAAAAAUAUUGCUGGAACGGUUGUGAGAACUACAACCAUCCCAGAAGAGCUUGGUAGAAUAUCUUACUUAUUAAGUGACAAAACUGGAACUUUAACGCAAAACAAAAUGGUCUUUAAGAAACUUCAUCUCGGCACUAUAUCGUACGGACAAGAUUCGUUUACUCUAGUCAGGUCUGUUUUACAAACUUUCUAUGCCGAUUCGGAUACUUCUCCAAUCAAGACAGGAACCAAUACUCAUACUGGAAAAGUCAGAAGAUCGGAAAACACAAGGGUUUACGAAGCAGUUCAUGCUCUAGCCUUAUGUCAUAACGUUACACCCGUUUAUGACGACGUCAAUACUGAAGACGUCAACAACAAACUUGACACGGAUAGCGUUGGAACGGAAACCACGUCCGUUCAAAGUCAAACAGAUGGUGAACAAAGCGACUAUCCGUCUGAACAAGGUCUCACGUACCAGGCAGCUAGUCCAGACGAGGUGGCUUUAGUAAAAUGGACGGAAGAAGUGGGGCUGACCUUGGUAAAACGAGAUCUGAACUUUAUGCAGUUAAAAGCACCAAAUGGAAAUUUCUUGAACUACACAAUUCUGCAAACUUUUCCCUUUACUUCGGAAACAAAAAGAAUGGGUGUUAUUGUCAAAGAAGAAUCGACAAAUGAAAUAACGUUCUAUUUAAAAGGUGCUGACGUAGUAAUGUCUGGGAUUGUCCAAUACAACGAUUGGCUGGAAGAAGAAUGCGGUAAUAUGGCAAGAGAAGGUUUUCGAACUCUUGUUGUAGCAAAGAAGAACUUGACUGAGGAACAAUAUUUGGAUUUUGAAGCAAAAUACAACGCAGCCAGAAUGUGCGUGACCGAUCGCGUGUCGAGGGUCGCAGCCGUCAUUGAGAGUCUUGAAAGAGAAAUGGAGCUGCUUUGUGUUACAGGGGUUGAAGAUAAGUUGCAAGAUAAAGUUAGAUCGACUCUGGAAUCAUUGAGAAACGCAGGAAUCAAAAUUUGGAUGCUGACAGGGGAUAAACUGGAGACAGCAACUUGCAUCGCUAAAUCCUCUAGGCUGGUUUCCCGCACCCAAGGUCUGCAUGUAUUCAAGCCAGUAGUAACUAGGACAGAUGCCCAUUUGGAGUUAAACAUAUUUAGAAAGAAACAAGAUUGUGCCCUCGUUAUAAGCGGAGACUCUUUGGAGGUGUGCCUACAGUACUAUGAGGAUGAAUUUUCGGAACUAGCGUGUGGUUCGCCUGCUGUAGUUUGUUGUCGCUGCUCACCCACACAAAAAGCUGAAGUAGUUAACUUGAUACAAAGACACACGGGCAAAAGAACCGCCGCUGUCGGGGAUGGAGGAAACGAUGUCUCUAUGAUACAAUCGGCUGAUGCCGGCAUAGGCAUUGAGGGGCUUGAAGGUAGACAAGCAUCUCUAGCAGCUGAUUUUUCAAUUACGCAAUUCAGUCACCUGGCCAAUUUGCUGCUUGUCCAUGGAAGACGAAGUUACAAACGAUCCGCUGCACUAAGUCAAUUUGUCAUUCAUCGUGGUUUAAUUAUUUCAACAAUGCAAGCAGUGUUUUCUGCAGUAUUUUACUUUUCAGCAGUUCCAUUGUACCAAGGGCUUUUAAUGGUUGGAUACGGUACUUUUUACACUAUGUUCCCUGUUUUUUCACUUGUUUUGGAUAAAGAUGUAUCGGGUAAAAUAGCUUUGACUUUUCCGGAACUUUAUAAGGACUUGAGUAAAGGUCGUUCUUUAUCAUAUAAAACAUUUUUCAUGUGGAUCUUGAUAAGCAUUUAUCAAGGUGGUGUAAUUAUGUAUGGUGCUUUGAUUAUGUUUGAAGAUGAGUUUAUUCACAUUGUUGCCAUAAGCUUUUCAGCUUUGGUUCUAACCGAACUAAUUAUGGUUGCUCUAACAGUAAGAACGUGGCACCAUUUGAUGGUUCUUGCAGAAGUUUUUUCUCUAGCCUUAUACAUGUUGUCUUUGGUUGUUUUAAAAGAAUACUUUGAUACCGAAUUCAUUAAAACGCCAGAUUUCUUAUGGAAAGUAGUAGUUAUAACUCUGGUAUCUUGUUUGCCGCUCUACAUUUUGAAACUUUUGAGGAAAAAGUUCUCCCCACCGAGUUACACAAAGUUGUCAUAAAUAUCGUCAACACGAACGAAAAUUUCUGUUAUCUGUGUCUAUCUUGAUGUUCUUGAAUACAAUAAUUUCAAGAAAAAGUUGACGGUUAUGAGUCAACGAUGCGAUUAAACCUUGUCCAGCUCAACUGCUGGGAGCUCAGAGUGCUCAUGAAAUUUUUUACUAACCUUACACAUUUACUUGUGAUCAAGGAACUUACUUAUUCAGUAUUUCGUGCAAUUACUACAAACGCGAAAUUGAUUUUUUGAAGAAUUUCUUUACUUGGACAGCUUCCAUUUAAUCAAUUUUUUAGAUGUUAAUUUUUUUUAUACCAUCAAAUCAUUUAUCAUAGUGCAUCAUCAUCUCUUUAAUUUUAUUAUCGCAUCUUUGGCGAAACAGACUUUGGAAAAAAACAUUUGGAGAAACUGACUGUGAUGGCGUAAAAGUGAACACUGAUUGCUGUUCCGCUUCUGUAAAAAUACAUUAACACGAUUUUCUUAACAAACACAUUUUAUAUUUAAAAACUCUAUCAUCCAAAUAAUAAAUACAUUUCUUCAAAAUACUUAUUCGCAAUAUUAACAAUGAAUAAAUUAUAAAUUACACAGAUUUUAAAGGUAAACUUGGAGAAAACGUUGUUGGAUACAUAUGAUUUCAUAGUCAAUUUAACAAAAAAAAUUUCCACAUAACUAUCCAGCAGCGCACCAACACUUAUAAAAUCGCUCAAAUUAGAAAAAAAAAAUCGAAAAAUUAUUUGCAUCACUGUAGUUGAUGUAAACAUUUAUUUAAGUAAAACAUUUUUAAUAAAAGUAGCGGAAAUGUUGUAAUCAUGGUGAAGCGUGAUAGGAAAUAGCUCUUAAUAGAUAUGUUCUGUUUAAUGUAUGAUAUAUUUAAGGAGAAAUAAAAAAAAAUAUAUUCGUUAA